AUGUCUCCUGCGAUGGCGAUGAAUGAUGAAAGGAGUGAAGAUGAUCAUAGAAUAGAAAGUGAAUAUCAUAAAGGAGUGAAGAACUUAUUUGAAACAGGUUAUCUUCACAAAGUUCCAAAGAAGUAUAUAUUUCCAGCCUCAGAAAGACCCACCACUAGUAUGAAUGAUUCCAAUUUUCCCAAGGAAAAUCUUCAGCUACCCAUCAUUGAUUUUGCAGACCUUAUUGGUCCAAAUAGGCCUCAAGUUCUUCAAUCCUUAGCCAAUGCUUGUGAACAAUAUGGAUUUUUCCAGCUAGUGAAUCAUUCCAUAUCAGAUGAUGUAACAAGGUGCAUGAUAGAUGUGAUAGGAAGGUUCUUUGAUCUUCCAUUGGAGGAGAGAUCUAAGUAUAUGACAACUGAUAUGAGAGCACCUGUGAGAUAUGGAACCAGUUUUAGUCAAACAAAAGACUCUGUGUUCUGUUGGAGAGAUUUCUUAAAACUCAUUUGUAAUCCUUUGCCCGAUUUUCUUCCUCAUUGGCCUUCCUCUCCGUUGGAUUUUCAAGAAGUGGUUGCCACCUAUGCAAAAGAAACCAAACAUUUGUUCAUGGCAAUAAUGGAAGCUAUCCUAGAAAGUUUAGGAAUUGUGGAAGCCAACCAAGAAGAGAUGACAAAAGAAAAGGACAAUAAUGAUAAUAAUAAUAUUAUGAAUGAAUUGGACAAUGGUAGCCAAAUGCUGGUCACCAAUUUCUAUCCACCAUGUCCUGAACCAGACCUAACCUUAGGAAUGCACCCUCAUUCUGAUUAUGGAUUUCUCACAUUACUUCUUCAAGAUGAAGUGGAGGGUUUGCAAAUUCAAUUUCAAGACAAAUGGCUCACUGUUCAACCUAUUCCCAACGCUUUCGUCGUUAACAUUGGUGAUCAUUUAGAGAUAUUUAGCAACGGAAAAUACAAGAGUGUAUUACAUAGGGUUUUGGUGAAUGAAGCUAAGAGUAGAAUAUCCAUUGCUUCACUACAUAGUCUUCCCUUUAACUGCACUGUGAAACCGUCGCAAAAACUCAUCGACGAAAAGAAUCCAAAGCGUUACAUGGACACAGAUUUUGGUAGCUUUCUUGCAUAUGUGUCCACCAGAGAAACCAAGAAAAAGGAUUUCCUAGAGUCAAGAAAAUUGACAAAUUCAUAA